CGCGUGGACGUGGACGUGGACGUGGACGUGGACGCGGAGAUGGAGGACGCGGGGAAGAAGAAGAAGAAGAAGGACAACAACAAUGACGACAGAGUCACUCUGAAGAAGGAAAUCGGACUCUGGAGCGCGUGCGCGAUCAUCAUCGGGAACAUCAUCGGCUCGGGCAUCUUCGUGUCCCCUAAAGGAGUCCUGGAGCAUGCCGGCUCGGUGGGCCUGUCGCUCAUCGUCUGGGUGUGCGGGGGCGGCAUCUGCGUCCUGGGCUCCAUGUGCUACGCCGAGCUGGGCGUCACCAUACCCAAGUCCGGCGGAGACUACUCCUACGUGACCGAGAUCUUCGGAGGACUCGUCGGCUUCCUGUUGCUGUGGAGCGCCGUGCUCAUCAUGUACCCCACCACCCUGGCCGUCAUCGCCCUCACCUUCGCCAACUACGUGCUGCAGCCCGCCUUCCAUAACUGUCUGCCCCCCUACGCCGCCACCCGACUGCUGGCCACCAUCUGCGUGUUGUUCUUAACCUGGGUGAACUGCUCCAGUGUGCGCUGGGCCACAAGGAUCCAGGACGUGUUCACUGUGGGAAAGCUGCUCGCCCUGGGUCUCAUCAUCGUGGUUGGACUGGUUCAAAUCGGCCGAGGCUACUAUGACGCUCUGGUCCCCAGCGCGGCCUUCGAGUUCCGCCAGGACCCGUCCGUGGGUCAGAUCGCGCUGGCCUUCCUGCAGGCCUCCUUCGCUUACAGCGGCUGGAACUUCCUCAACUACGUGACGGAGGAAAUCGUGAAUCCGCGCACGAACCUGCCGCGGGCCAUCUACAUCUCCAUCCCCUUGGUGACGCUGGUCUACACCAUGACCAACAUCGCCUACUUCUCCUCCAUGACCCCGGAAGAGCUGCUGGCGUCCAACGCCGUGGCGGUGACCUUUGGAGAGAAGCUGCUGGGGAUGUUCUCCUGGAUGAUGCCCAUCUCCGUAGCUCUGUCCACCUUUGGCGGAAUCAACGGAUACCUGUUCACCUCGUCCAGGUUGUGUUUCUCAGGGGCCCGAGAAGGUCACCUGCCUUACCUGCUGGCUAUGAUCCACCUGAAGAACUGCACGCCCAUCCCCGCCCUGCUGGUCUGCUGCUUUGCCACCAUCCUCAUCUUGUGCAUCGGGGAGACGCACAACCUGAUCAACUACGUGUCCUUCAUCAACUACCUGUCCUACGGCGUCACCAUCGCCGGCCUCCUCUACCUCCGCAAGAAGAGACCCGGCCUGGCGCGACCCAUCAAGGUGAACCUGCUGAUCCCGAUCAGCUACAUGGUGUUCUGGGCCGUGCUGCUGUGCUUCAGUCUGUACUCGGAACCCGUAGUCUGCGGUCUGGGGAUGGUCAUCGUGCUGACCGGUGUACCCGUCUACUUUGUGGGCGUUUGGUGGAAGAACAAACCCAAGUGGAUCUACAGGCUGACAGAGAGAAUCACCUACGUGGGCCAGAAGGCGUGCUACGUCAUGUUCCCUCAGGAGGACCCCGCAGAGGCCGAGCCCCUCACGGCCUCCAAAGCCACGGACUGAGCAGGACAAAGUUUCCAGUUGAAAUAUGCUAAGGAUCUACAUCACACUUCAACACAUCAAUGCUGUCGCAUCUCCAAGACGUCGCCUUCCGAGCCAUCACUCCCAAUCUGAUCCGACUUGAAGUCCUGACCUCGGGUCCCAGAGCCAAGUCCUGACAGGAUCAGCUAUGCACUCCGGAGGACGACGAUCACAAGCGUCUUGAUUCGACCUUUUUUUUUACAUGUUUUUAAACAGGUGAAGUGUUUUUUUUUGGGUAUACACUAAAACUCUUUUUUUUGGAAAACCUGAGCCAGGGUGAAGACUUGAAAAUGUUGUCCGGUAUACAGUCUACAGGUCCACCCUCACAUAGCGUGUGUAGUUAUCGUGCCUUUUCCUUAAAAAUGACUUUCUCCAGGUUUCCUACUGGCCGGUGUCGCCUCACAUGGUCACAGCACCACCUGUGGCCAAUCCGUUUAUUACGUGGACUGGAAUUUUUUGAAAACCUGAGUCCGCCUGGCUCAGGUGCGGUUUUUUUUCUCACCACCAGGUCGACUACCGACUGCCACUUUAAUGCGAGGGUGCCUUAAAAUGAGACGUGGGUCAUAUUGUGAAUUCGUUUUUUUUGGCCUCAUUCUUGUGAGAAUCCUGCGGGUCACUCGGUUAAUGUACCCAGGACUAGCUGCAGUGUGCUCAAACAACCACCAGGUAGCAUCUGUGAGCGGAUAAAACCGGACGUCUUCACAUAAAAGGAAACUCAAUCGUGAAUAACAAAUAAUCGUAUUGAUAAUAAUAAGUAUGGAUUUUACGCUACAUAUAAUUAGCCUUUUUGAUGACAUAUUUGUAUUCAUGCGACGGGAACAAAACAAUAUUAGCAUGUUGCUACGCAUGCUUGUUACUGUCACACUCCAAUACCGUUACGACGUUGUCCAAGGCGCGGCCUGAAACUCAUUAUUAACGGUUAGCAUCUCAUGAUAGCACGCUAGCUGUUUUUGCUCAUUUUGAAGGGUCAAAAAUAUUGUUACUCGAUGAAAAGAUACCUGUUAAUGCUAAUGUUGGUAACGGUUAGCAUUCUCAUGAUAGCACGCUAGCUGUUUUUGCUCAUUUUGAAAGGUCAAAAAUAUUUUUACUGGACAAAAAGAUACCUGUUAAUGCUAAUGUUGGUAACGGUUAGCAUUGUCAUGAUAGCACGCUGGCUGUUUUUGCUCAUUUUGAAGGUCCAAAAUAUUGUUACUCGACAAAAAGAUACCUGUUAAUGCUAAUGUUGGUAACGGUUAGCAUUCUCAUGAUAGCAAGCUAGCUGUUUUUGCUCAUUUUGAAGGGUCAAAAAUAUUGUUACUCGAUAAAAAGAUACCUGCCAAUGCUAAUGUUGAUAACGGUUAGCAUUCUAAUGAUAGCACGCUAGCUGUUUUUGCUCAUUUUGAAAGGUCAAAAAUAUUUUUACUGGACAAAAAGAUACCUGUUAAUGCUAAUGUUGGUUACGGUUAGCAUUGUCAUGAUAGCACGCUAGCUGUUUUUGCUCAUUUUUAAGGUCAAAAAUAUUUUUACUCGACAAAAAGAUACCUGCUAAUGCUAAUGUUGGUAACGGUUAGCAUUCUCAUGAUAGCACGCUAGCUGUUUUUGCUCAUUUUGAAGGUCAAAAAUAUUUUUACUGGACAAAAAGAUAGCUGUUAAUGCUAAUGUUGGUUACGGUUAGCAUUCUCAUGGUAGCACGCUAGCUGUUUUUGCUCAUUUUGAAGGUCAAAAAUAUUUUUACUCGACAAAAAGAUACCUGUUAAUGCUAAUGUUGGUUACAGUUAGCAUUCUAAUGAUAGCACGCUAGCUGUUUUUGCUCAUUUUGAAGGUCAAAAAUAUUUUUACUCGACAAAAAGAUACCUGUUAAUGCUAAUGUUGGUAACGGUUAGCAUUCUCAUGGUAGCACGCUAGCUGUUUUUGCUCAUUUUGAAGGGUCAGAAAUAUUGUUACUCGAUAAAAAGAUACCUGCUAAUGCUAAUGUUGGUAACGGUUAGCAUUCUAAUGAUAGCACGCUAGCUGUUUUUGCUCAUUUUGAAGGUUAAAAAUAUUGUUACUCGACAAAAAGAUAGCUGUUAAUGCCAACGUUGUUAUGCUAGCUAAUUUUGAUGCAUGCUAACAUUAGCUGGCUAGGUACACACCUCAGAGUAUUCUAUUAUGGUACUUUACGCAUGUUGCAGUUAGCAUGCUAUGCUACCUUUUUUUUUUUUGUAGCUUUUUUAACAGGUAUAUACGGAGCCCCUAAAGGGACAUGUAUUAUUUAUUUUAUUUUAUUUUUUUAGACAUGCGCACUAUCUCGUGCGCACGAGAUACAUGUCAAAAAAUUAAAAUAAAAUAAAAUAAAUUCUAAAAGAAUACAUUUCCCCCCAUGUCCCUUUAGGGGCUCCGUAGGUAUACAACUCAGUGUCAUAUAUUUUAGUAUUUCACAAAUGCUAACUGUAAGCAUGCUAUUGUUAGCAUGUCAACAUAGUACUGUUAGCAUGAUGGCUUUUUUUAAGCUCAGUUUGUUGAUUCUUGUGUUACUUGACGCGUGCUAACUGUUAGCGUUUCGGUUAAGCAUUCACACAAAAUUGGUACCGAAACUACUUUUUCUAGUUCUUUGACAAAAAAAAAAAAGUAUAUAUUGUACUAGUUUUGAAGGUAAAAACUACCAAAAUGGCCCCCGCACCCUUUGAUUUGUGGUUGUGUGGCCCUCAGUGGGACCCCUGCUGUCCUGGUUUGUCAUUCUUUAGUGCAUGGACUUCUCGUGUCGCCAUGGAAACGUGACAUGGUCCUCUCCGAUGGGUGCUCAGCGGGAAAGUACUGUACUGUACUGUACUGUACUGUACUGUACUUUGUCAGAUCAACAAUCCUCGCAACAUUUGGCAGAAAAGUUCUCCCAAAGACACUUUUUCUGCACUCCUACUUUGGAGUCGGGACGUUUAUAAAACAAUGUUGCUUAACCUAACACUAGCUCCUAUUUUUCGGU